AAGGGACUGCAAUCCAACAUGGGCGGAAAUAACCUUUGAGCGUCUCACUCCACCAAUGACCUUGAGCAUGCGGGAUAAUUUUAGUCCUUUUGUACGCGCCCGAAUAUAUGACCUAUCACUAGAGCGCAGUUUGAAAUGGAGCAGGAUAAGGCAGAGCGUAAACUUCAUCUGGCUCGCCGUCAGCAGUGUGCAUGUUUAAUUCAAGAAAUUGGGUCAAGACUACAAACGACACAAGUGGUUAUCAACACUGGAAUAUACUAUAUGCAUUACUUUUACGAGGUUUUUUCUCCGGAAACCAUCAAACCCAUCCUAGUUUCUAUAGCUGCUUUUUACUGUGCGUGUAAGACGGAAGAUUUCUCCAGAAAGUUGUCUCUUUUGAUCAAAGCUGCGUACGACAUUCUAAAGAGGCCUUCUCCUGAUGAAGCAUCAGAUUCAUUUAAACGUCUCGUACAAAAUGUCCAUGCUUUAGAGGCUACUAUUCUUAUGGUAAUCGGAUUCCAUGUACUUGAGGUGAAGCAACCUCAUGUUUUGCUAGUAAAAGCCAUUCGUAUGAACAAAUUUCCGAAGGAAAUAGCCCACCCCAGUUACUAUAUCUGUACAAACAUUUUACAUCUCACCACCUUGGUACUACGGCAUUCUGCAGAAGCGAUCGCUGCAGCUAGCCUAUAUAUUGCAGCAAAGUGGAAUGGCACAGACAUUCAGUCAUCAAAAGGGGAAUGGUUUCAUACAUUCUCACCUACCCUGACAUAUGAGGAGAUCUCCAAAAUAACGGAUGAGUUCACUCUGACUUUUCAGGAAUGCGAUUUGAAAGUCAGGGAGCAGUUGCGUAAUUCAUUCCGAUCUCAGAAACUGCAAAAAGAACGAAGGGAGGAACCAACCAACAAUCCUCCUCGAGGUCUAGACUCUCAAAGAAGAUUCACACCGGACUCUCAGCAGAGGAGCGAUUCUUGGAAGCCCGAAAAAAGACCUUACACCACUGCCAAUCCUAAUCCAGCUCAAAUGGCUCCUCAACACGCGACCCAUCAUAAUCGGAGUCACGCUAGUAGCUCACAAAAUGUUCAAAUGAAUCAUGCAUACCAUGGACACAAUCGUGCACCUGCUUCACAUGCUUAUGGAAGCGAGCAUUUGAAUAGAUCUCACUCUACUCGUGCUCCGGCUACUGGCCCUAUUGAGCCAGAUCCGAAACGUCAACGAUUCGACCGCCCAUUUCAUGGUCAGGGUCGCAGGUCACCACAAUCCCACAUACCAAGUGGAUAUCACGUUGACGGAACAUCACGCGGAAAUCGUAUGGAUAGUUCUGUCUCUCACUCUGGUGGAGGUGAUCACAAAACGCACUAUCCCCCUGGCAGUCGAACGCACAGCACAGAUUAUAGGAAUGGUCCGUCAACUGGUUAUAAUACCAUUGCAAAUAAGCCUUGUGGCCGUGAUGAGCAUGAAGAAGCGCGCCUUAACUCAGGAACUGGUCGUCAUUCUAUGAAAUCUACAGGUCAUUCGCGAGCUAACCCACGAAUAAAGGCUGAUUUAAAUGAUUACUUCUGAUGACUAAUUUCUAGACGUGUAAUAAUUUAGCAAUGAAAUACUCAGCGUACUGUAUAUAUUUCCGGCAGAUUUUUCUUUGUCAAACUUAUGUUGAAUUUGUUGAACGUGUUCUCCAAACAUGUUUCCAGUUUGCUUGAAAUUUUCAAGUUAACCGUCAAGUCUUUCCGAAUUAUCUUUAUUUAUGCUUGAUAUGUGACUUUCAAUAUACUUCGUUAUAUUACCUCAUGUUUUUCUUUGCUUGUUCUGUGAAUUGUAUACAAUGAUUUCCUAGAAAAGUAUUAAUGGGGUAUAGUUUGUUUUCCCUAUAAUACUUAUGUAUGGUAUUAUUUGUGCGUCGGUGGUACAGAGGUUAGGUUAUUUUAUGAUUGUUCAAUGCUGUUCAAUCAAAUUAACUGGUCAUCAUGGCGAUAAAUAUUCUUAAUAUCAUUUCAUAACUUCUUGUAUGAUAUAGUUUUACUGUUCACCACGCAUAAGUAUAUCAUAGCUUCCACUACCCAGUACUGAGAUAUUUAUUAUGUUGUUUAUUUUUCAUUCUACUUGGUAUUUUUCGCAUUUUUUUGCUAUUUUGUGUUGUUUUUGUUGUUGUUGUUUAUAUUUAUUUUUCGAAAUACUCCUUUUAGAUGUUUGAUAAAAUUAGAUGCAAUAUUGUAGAUAAAUGCUGAAAAUUCCACAUUUACCACUAGUACUGUUGCUGGAAUUAAGGAAAUUAUUAUUAUUGUUACAUAGUUCUUCAGGUCUAUCUGACGACACUUUUGACAUGACACUUUUCAUAGUUAGUAUUGCAUUUUGCAAAUCAAGCAUUUCAGUAAUUCAGUAUCUUGUAGGUAAAACUGGAACGUUAACCAUGUAAAUGUUCCAUAAUGUGUAUGAAAUGAAAUGUUACUAUUAUUACCAUUAAUAUUCAAUGUGAUCCCAUUCUUAUUUAUUCGGUCGAGGUUGUUCUCGACCUCAUGUGAAGUCUAUGUAAGUUCCUGAGAUAGUGGAACUAUGGACAGUUUCGGCACAUUUACCUUCUUUGUGUUCUCUUAGACUUAGCAGUCCCCGCAUUCUAGUACAACCAGAAGGGUAAUAUUCAUGAUAACUGUUUAUUCUUAAUUGAGUUUGCGCUGUUCUUUCAAACUAAUAAAUCAUCUAGGAGUUC